AAAAAAAAGGGGGGGAGCAGAGAGGGGGCGGGGUUUUAGAUGGAGCUGAGAGAAAGACAGGAAAGAGUGUCAGAGAGCAGUCGAACACCCAAUCUGUGGAAAUAUGAUGGAAGCCAGCGUUGUUUCCAAGGACACAGGCCACACAAGCUCUCUGACAGGAGCACUUAACACUCCAUCCAUCCCCGCUCCUGCCUCCAUCCCCCCAUCUUCUGUCCUCUCUCCACCUUCCCUGCCCUCCUCUUACCCUCCGGCCCGGCCAUCUCGACCCAAACCACCACCUCCUGCAGCAAAAUCCUCCCAGCUCCCCUCUUGUCCACCUCUGCCUCCAUCCGUUCCUCCGUCCCUCCUUCCUCCUCUACCCCCUUCAUCUGUUCCUCUCCCUCUCUCCUCCAACCCUCCUCCCCCAUGUCUUCCUCCUCCUCUCUCCCCUACUCCAGUCUCUCCUUCUCCCCUGGUUUCUUUGCAGACAACUGUCUCCUCUGAUGUUACUCCCUCUUUUACUCCCCCUCCUCUUUCUUCUCCAUUAUCUCCAACAAUCCUGUCCUCCUCCUCCUCCUCCUCCUCACCUGAUCCUCCCCCUCCGUCUGUCAUCCCACCAUCCUCUCCAAAUCUUCCAUUGCUGAGUCCUUUGGAUCGGCUGGUUGGGAGUACUGCAGUAUGGAAGCCUAAAGGACUCAGCCAAGACCAAGCCACAAGUAUAAUGGAGAAAGCGACUGCAGGGGCAUUCCUGGUUCACAGCACAGAGGACAAGGGCACGGCACUGUCAGUAUGUCUGCCUGAUGAACAGGGGGUGCCGCUCAUACACAAGCUGAUGGUCAAACAACACAAGAAAUAUGUCCACUUAGACGGUUCCUAUCUGGUUUUUGAUGACAUCUUCAAACUGAUCUCUUUCUACUGUGCCAGCAGGGACAUCCUGGCCAUCCCACUGCGGUUACCCCAGGCCAUUACCAAUGCAACUAAAAGAGAGGAACUGGAGGCCAUCUCUGCUAUGGGUGCAGAUUUCUGGACGUGUGACCUGAACCAGCAGGCAAAGAACCAGGAUCAGAACCACAGCAAACUAUACUUGUAUGUCAACCCAGUUACUGUGGAGGAGAGCCCCAACAAAGACCUGAACCACACCUCUAUCUCUAAGCUUGAUAUCAUUACCAAUCAAAGCACCACCUCCUCCCUGCAAAAUGGAGAAGCCCCACAGAAGGUCAGCCCAGAGGUUAAAUGUCAGCCCAAAACCACGCCCAAACAAGACAUUAAAUACAAGCGCCCUCCACCCCGACCCCCCAGCCUGGGCUCAGGGUCUGGGAUGGGCCUGCUCUUCUCCUCUCCCCCCUCGCCUCACACUUCAUCUUCUGUAACUCCAGCAGCUGAGAGAAAAGAGGAAGGAAGGGGAGGAGUAGAGCAGAAAGAAGAGAGGAAGUCAAUGUCAACAUCACCUCCUCCAUCAAGGCCCCCUGUCCCACUUCAGAGCCGAGGCGCUCCCCCUCUGCCUCCUGCUCCUUUCCGUCGCACCCCGUCCAGGAAAAGCUCUGACCGAGAGAUAGGAGAGGGGAGGGAGAGAGAGAAGGGACAGAAUCCUGCAAAGAAAACUGAGAGAGACGGGGGAGGAGAGAGAGUAGUGGAGAAACCAGGAAGCAAAUCAGGUCUGCUGGGUGAGGGGGAUGAAAAAGAGAACAGCAGCCAGCAAGAGGAGGAGGUAAAAAAGGACAGAGAAAAGAGAGAGAAAGAGGAUGAGAAGGAGGAAAAAGAGAUGAAAAUGGAUAAAAAGGAGGACAAACAAACAUACAGCACCCAGUGUCCAUCAUCAGUGAAAAAACCGUCCCGUCCGGUCCCUCCACCGAGAAGGAAGCCAUGUUCCCCGGACGCACCUGUGUGCCCCAAUCAGGCUGGAAGAGGAUUAGCCAAUCAGAGUGCUGGGAUAAGAGUGCCCCCUCCCUCCCCAGCGCAGCGGCCAGAUGUGUCGUUGUACUCACCACAGGGGGGCAUAGUGUUAGGAACCGACCCCGACUCCUGCUCUACCAGCAGCACAGAGGAAGAAGGAGAUCUGAACCAGGAACAGGAGCAAAACCAAAAUCGCCUUGCAGAGAGCUGUAGCCCCAAGGUCGAAGUAAGAAAAACUCCCACCACUGUCAUGUUGGACCGAGCCCGCUAUCGCCUAUCAACCGUCCUAACCGGCCUCAUAAGCCAUGACCGCCGCCUCACACAGCGCAUCGUAGAGCUGGCCAGGGACCCUCUGAGCUACUUUGGUAACCUUGUAAAAGAACACCGUGCAUUCACCUUGGAGACCAUGUCGAACCACGCCUCCUCCACUGAGCUGUUACAGGAGAUCAGACAGAUGGUGACUCAACUGAAGAGUUACUUACUGCAGAGCACGGAGCUGCAAGCCAUGCUGGAGCCACAACAUCAGUAUACACAAGACAAACUGGAGAAUAUAGUAGAAGCUGCUCUGUGUAAGAGUGUGCUGAAGCCACUGAGGGAGCCAAUUUACCAGAGUCUGGAGAAACUGCACACCAACAACAACAGCCUGAAACAACUGGCACAGAACCAGUCUGUUGUUCUAGGCAGCACCACCACAGCAUUAGGCAUAACCACCGCCGUCCCUGAGGUAUCCGCUAUGGAGAGGAUCAGCAUCAAGCUGAACAAUCUCCAUCUGGAGUAUUCUCCCCAGAAAAAGAUUGAGCUGCUGCUGAAGGCUUGCAAGAUCAUCUAUGACUCCAUGUCUGUCAGCAGUCCAGGGCGGGCCCAUGGUGCUGAUGACUUCCUGCCUGUAAUGAUGUACGUCCUGGCUAGAUCCAAUCUGUCCACCCUGCAGCUGGAUGUUGAAUAUAUGAUGGAAUUGAUGGACCCAUCUAUAUCACUAGGAGAAGGUUCUUAUUAUCUGACAACCACCUACGGGGCUCUAGAGCACAUUAAGACUUUUGACCAGCAGAGGUCAGCAACACGGCAGCUCAGCAGAGAGGUUCAGGACUCCAUUCACCGCUGGGAGAGACGACGCACUCUCAAUCAGGAGCGCAUGGCCCAAGGAUCUGUUCGGGACUUUCUGACAGUGUGUUGUCCUGAGAUUGAAGCCAACCCAAAAACUCUGGGUGUCCUCCCCACCACAACAAUCGAGCAGCUAGCUGAGCAGUGUGCAGCACGCUUUGAACAAGACUCUUAUACACUCAGUGUGUAUAUCGAUGGUGUUCAUCGGCCCCUGGCCCCUACAGAGCUGGCCGUCAGUGUUAAGAAGAGCUGCCAACCUGGAGCCUGCAGCUUUGUCUAUCACCCUAUAGAACAAGUCAACAACCAGCCCGUCCGCAGCUGCCCCACUGACCCGCCCCCAGCUCCGCCUGCAGAGAGCUUUUUACCAGCUGACACAGCAGCUAUCAAUUCUGAGAAGCCAGAGGUGGAAGAGGAGAGUCUGAUUAGCUUGUAACUGCUCCAGCAUCACAGUGCUACUGUAGUGACUGCAUCAACAAAGUACUGAUUCAAAAGAAGAGGGGAACAACAUUUAGGACAGUGUUUCUCACUCAGGUCUCACUUGAAAUAUUGACCUACUUGAGACUUAAAUGAAAAGAAUAUAAAACUGGUGUGGAUUAGAGCAUGCAGUAUAUCACAAAAUACUAUGAUGUGAUGAAAUAUGUUGAAUGACUCCUUUCUUUUGAAUAUAUUUUUUAUGGGCUAAAGUCUCUGACUGGUCUGACGCCACAUGUUCCAGCAUUACUAAAGAGAGCAGUGGCCAACUAAAAUGAGACAGCAAAGAGUUACAAGACUGAUUCUGUAUCUCCACCUGGGGCUGGAACCCCAGGCACCACAGGGGGAUAUGGUUUUAUAGAAUGUAAAAAUACACGUAAUUCUAACAUGUACAAAUAUGAUCAUGUUUAUACUGUUUAUACUAUAUGUUUUAUGAUGCUUGACGCUACGCCCGCUGAUGCUCAAGGCUUCUGCUUCAAACAGAACACGUUUUAUUUGCUUUUUUUUUAUUUAAAGCACAGGUAUGAUAGAAGCUAUAUGGACCAAAACCUUCAUUUUCAUUCCAAAAUCUCAAGUAAGCAUCAAGAUUGUUGUUUUGUUGUCCUGGGUUUGCUGCAUUUCAUCCCCCCUCUCUCUCCCCCUGCCUUUCCUGUCUCUCUCUACUGUGGCUAUCAAAGAAAGCAGAAAGGCUAAAAGGAUAAUCUAAAAAAAAAAGUUUCAUUUCGCAUUUUUCUUCCAUAAACUGAUACUGACUGUAUUGUAAAUAAACUGCCUUUUACAGUUUACAACAAAAAACUACAUAUUAAGUUUUAACGUAUAACAAACAUUUUAAAACUGCAUUAUUACCAAAAGAUCAUUUUUCACUACCUGGCAACCACAUAUGUGUUCUUAUAAUGGCUAGAAACAGCUCUGUAAAGUUUUUGUAAAUUACGUAUUAACCCUUAAUAAAGUCAUUUUCAGUUAUAACUGAUCA